CAGGAUUCACCAUAACUAAAAUUCGUAUAUGCAAAUUAACCCCGAACAAAAGGUCCCCACCGCCCGGCGAUUAAGAGGGAUUCCAGCCAAAACCGCUCGGCCGAUUUUCAAAAUUCCUUUUUCCCCUUCAUCCUCGAUCUUUGGUUCACCAUACUACGGUCUCCUUUUUCUCCUUUUCGCUUCCGUUCCUGAGAUAUUUACGGUUUUCUCCCGGGUUCGUUCGAAAUCCUCUCGAUCACGAUUAGUGCUCUCCGCGGUCUUUGUCCCGACUUUCUAAAGGUUCUUUCUCUCUCUUUUCUCUUGCUCUCUACAAAAGGUUUCAAAACUCCUUCCAACAGCAACCCUUCAAUUUGAACGGAGGCUUUUCAAAUUCGUUUCGCUUUCCACAAAGAAUCUACUGUGUGCCGAUAAUUUAGGUGAUUUGGAAUUGGAUGAUAAAUCUACGUGCACUGCUGGUUGGCAUUCCUUUUCGAACUCGAAGCGGUCGUCGACGGUCGGUGUCGUGUGCUACAGCUACAGCUACAGCUCCAGUAGUCAAUCGUGCUGGGUGCUCUCGACAGACCUCAGUAGCUACGUACGGUACGCACGCUGCUGCCCGUUUUUUGGUUUUGCGAUUGCUGCUGGCUGUUCCUGUUCUUCAUUGGCAUCAGAAUCGAUGGCAUGCGAAUACAAAUAAACGAUCGGAUUCGCUGACUUUUUGGUUCAACAAAUCAAAGAUCGUUUCAAGCAAUAAUUAUGACCCAGACGUGAUUCUUGACUGUGGAGAAAAGGACUAAAGUUAUAAAGAUUAGCUGUUGUCCGUAAAUUGUAUUUUGUUAAUUUGUUGUUGGAGUAAGAAUCAUUUCUGAUGCACGAAACUUUGGCUGUUUUCUAUCUUUCCAUUUCUUAAGUGCUUUGUUGCUGCAGUGUUUCAAAAGCUAAUUGUGACGAAGAUAUGAUAUGUGGACCUCAAAUGUAUAGAACUGCGUAAUAACUUUAUAACUCUUUGGGGUUUAGAAGAGGUGUUUGAUUCAGAAUAAACAGGGAGCUUUGAGGGUGGCCCGCAAUUAUGUCUAAAAACAGCAUCACAAGUGAACAAAGAUUGAACGAAGUGCUUUAAAAUGAACAUUACAGCUCUAAGAAUGACUUUAGAAAAUAUUUAAAAACGCCCCAUAAGUCGACGAGGGCUAAGAGUGUAUGAUUAGAAAACUUAAAAAUUUGAUUCUGACUAAAUAGGAGAACCUCUAGGAGUAACCCAUGAAAAUGUGCCAACGAGCAUAAGGAAUUGGUGGGACUGGCAGAAGCAUGUUGCUGUCAAGUUUAAAGUAGAAUUCAGAAUAAUUAACAAAGCUUUUAGAUAAGCCUGCAAGAUAUUUAAACGACCACCACGAUACACCGAGAGAUAAAAGAAGAUGGAAACUUUGAAAAUUGCAAUUAGAAUAAGCAGGAGAAUUAAAGAGGGUAACCCGUGAAAGUAUUUAAACGAGGACCCCAAUUAGAUCGUGGCUUACAAAAUGUAUUGAAGAACUUUUCUGCCUUGCCUCGAUAUUGCAACCGUUUAUGUAUCAAAUUGGUGUGUACAUUUUAAUAAACGGAAGAGUAGCUCCCAGUAAAUCCCGCUCUGCGGGCACCCUAUGGACCCCGGAAUGGAAUAGUAAGAUUAGCCUCUGAAAGUCAAGAGUGCUAUUAACCUCGAUUUCAAAGGGGUUCAGAUGGUGAUGAAAGCUAUGAUAUUGCUAAUUGGUAAUCAUA